GUGAACGCGCCGUCACGUGGCUGCGUUCGUGGGCUACGCCUAGGGGGAAGCAAGAUGGCGGCGCACCUGUCCUACGGACGAGUGAACCUGAACGUGCUGCGCGAGGCGGUGCGUCGCGAGCUGCGAGAGUUCCUGGACAAGUGCGCGGGAAGCAAGGCAAUAGUUUGGGAUGAGUACCUCACAGGACCAUUUGGCCUGAUUGCACAGUAUUCACUACUGAAGGAACAUGAAGUGGAGAAAAUGUUCACACUUAAAGGAAGUCGUUUGCCAGCAGCUGAUGUCAAGAAUAUUAUUUUUUUUGUCAGACCCAGGCUAGAGUUGAUGGAUAUAAUUGCUGAAAAUGUGCUCAGUGAAGACAAACGUGGCCCAGCAAGGGAUUUCCACAUCUUGUUUGUUCCACGACGAAGUUUACUGUGUGAACAGAGGUUGAAAGACCUGGGUGUUUUGGGAUCCUUUAUUCAUAGGGAGGAGUACAGCCUAGACCUCAUUCCAUUUGAUGGGGAUCUCUUAUCCAUGGAAUCAGAGGGUGCAUUCAAAGAAUGCUACCUGGAGAGUGACCAGACCAGCCUCUACCAUGCAGCCAAGGGGCUGAUGACCCUGCAGGCUCUGUACGGGACAAUCCCCCAGAUCUUUGGGAAAGGAGAGUGUGCCAGGCAAGUGGCCAAUAUGAUGAUCAGGAUGAAGAGAGAGUUUACAGGAAGCCAAAAUUCAAUAUUCCCUGUUUUUGAUAAUCUCUUGCUGCUCGAUCGAAACGUGGAUUUAUUAACGCCUCUUGCCACGCAGCUUACGUAUGAGGGACUCAUUGAUGAAAUUUAUGGCAUUCAGAACAGUUAUGUGAAGUUACCUCCAGAGAAAUUUGUACCUAAGAAACAGGGCGAUGGCGGGAAGGACCUUCCCACGGAAGCCAAGAAGCUUCAGCUGAAUUCUGCAGAGGAGCUAUACGCUGAGAUCCGAGACAAAAACUUCAACGCGGUGGGCUCAGUACUUAGCAAGAAAGCAAAGGUGAUCUCCGCAGCGUUUGAGGAAAGGCACAACGCCAAGACGGUCGGGGAGAUCAAGCAGUUCGUGUCCCAGCUGCCCCACAUGCAGGCAGCGAGAGGCUCGCUCGCAAACCACACGUCGAUCGCAGAGUUAAUCAAAGACGUUACCACCUCUGAAGACUUCUUUGAUAAACUAACAGUGGAGCAGGAGUUUAUGUCUGGAAUAGACACUGAUAAGGUCAACAGUUACAUCGAAGAUUGUAUUGCCCAAAAGCACCCACUGAUCAAGGUGUUAAGACUGGUUUGCCUCCAGUCUGUGUGCAACAGUGGACUCAAACAAAAAGUUUUGGAUUAUUACAAAAGAGAAAUUCUCCAGACGUACGGCUAUGAGCACAUACUGACCUUAUACAACCUAGAGAAGGCUGGCCUGCUGAAACCACAGACGGGGGGCAGAAACAAUUACCCAACGAUCCGGAAAACGUUACGCCUCUGGAUGGAUGAUGUAAACGAACAGAAUCCCACGGACAUAUCCUACGUGUACAGCGGCUAUGCCCCUCUCAGCGUGCGGCUGGCCCAGCUGCUGUCCCGGCCGGGCUGGCGAAGUAUCGAGGAAGUUCUGCGCAUACUCCCAGGGCCCCACUUCGAAGAGCGGCAGCCGUUGCCCACGGGACUGCAAAAGAAACGUCAACCGGGAGAAAACCGAGUGACUCUGAUAUUCUUCCUCGGGGGCGUAACCUUUGCUGAAAUUGCUGCCCUGCGAUUUCUCUCCCAGUUGGAAGAUGGAGGCACAGAGUAUGUCAUCGCCACCACCAAACUAAUGAAUGGGGCCAGCUGGAUCGAGUCCCUAAUGGAAAAACCUUUCUAGGGUGCCCAGAGUCGAGUGAACUGCAGAGGAAGCUCGUUUGGAGAGGCCGCCACAAGGAGGGGAGACCUCACUGAAGAAAAACGGAAGAACACAGAAUUUACUUCGGGGCCGGCUUCUUAAAUUACACGGUUUCCUCCUCUCUGCUUCUCUUUUGUGUUUCUAAUUUCCGGAAGAAAGAAGACCAGAAGAGAAUCAACCUGGGUAAAAGAAACACCAGUUGUUAACGUCCUAAGCUCAGGAUCCUCCUUAGAGACUUCUGGAAGCGUGCGAAGGACAGUGGGGAUGGAUCGUCUUCUGCAGCUGCACACGGGGGGGCCAGUGCUUAAAAUAAGAAGGCAGGGACUGAGGAAGUAAAAACGAGAACCAGAAAGGCUCACCCCUGAUUGAAUAGUACCGUCUUUCCCGUCAUGCCCAGGGCAGUGGCUGAGUGUGGAGGCAAGAGCUCGUCUCGUCUCGGAGUUGAGAUUUCUUUCUCCUGCAGAGCCUGGCACGUUGUAUUUGGUGUCACCCCCUCCGUCAUAUCUGAUCGUGAAGGCAAGUGUUGAUUCCUUGUGCUUUCUGCUUUCACUUCCUCCGCUUCGAUAAAGCAAGAGGCCUGGAGGGACUUCUUUCUCCAGAUCAAAGCUUAUGUAUCAUCUGUCUGACCAGCUAAACUCCUGUGGCUUCCCGUACUUCUCAAGGGCUUGUGACGUUGAGGGGCGUGAGGAUUGGGGAGCAGCUUCCUGGGAAUUUUCUUAGACACUUUUCCAAGACACUUGCUUAGCACACGUCUUAUAAACUCCAAGACGUUUCCGUGGCCGAUGCCUCCACCCGGGGCUUCAGUUUUCUUCCCCGGCCAUCACGGGCCCCAGCCUCCAGCUGGUCCCACCCGGAGCAGUCGUGACAUCAGCAUUUGCCAACGCCGUCUCCACGGUAACUGCCCCCGCGUACUUCUCUGCGGCUGCUCCACACUUGGCCUCUGGCAAAACACGGCUCCGCUUCAGUCCCUGGUCCGGUACCUCAGCCUCUUCUGGUGCAGCUCAUCGAUGGUCUUGGAGACCAGCUGCUCCUGCAGGAGGCGGUUAGUUAGCCGUGGGGCGGAGGAGUGGGGUGUUGGUGGAGAGGCUGGAAAUCGGCGUGCGUCCCCUGCCUCCCUCCUGCUCCGUCCCAACGCCUGGAAGAGUUAAAUCCAAGAAGGGGACCAAAUGGAUGGCUUUGUGGCCCUUGCACAAGUCUCCCCUCUGCCGGGGGACCACGGUCAGCAUCCCUUCUGAGGCAGGGUGUGGUUUCUGUUGUUCAUUAGUAACCAUACAUGUUUUUUCCUCAUUUUGUUUCAUUAAUGAAAUUCUGUCAGCACAUCGCAUGUUAUGAGUGAAAGAGAAAUUCUAUAAUAAAUCUCUUUCAGAGUGA